GGGGGGGGGGGCGGAUUCCGCCCCCCCCUGACGGUUUUUUUUUAAUAACUCCUGAUUGCUUUGUUAUAUGGCUAUGAUACUUACUGAGUUUCAACAUUUAUCUAUUAGACACCUGCAUGCUAAUUUUUUAGGUCCCAUACCUUUCAGAGGCUUUGAUAUUGGCCAUUACUCGAAACUACCCCUAAAAAUCUCUAUGAAAUCCUUAUAAUGGGAAAAAUAUAAUAACUCCUGUUAGGAUUAUCCUUAGAACUUGAAACUUGAAACACAACUUUGUUUCAUCAAGAAGAAUCAUUUUGAAUAAUUUGAACACGUGACUAAUCCGAUUUCCCGAUUUUGUCGGAUUUUACCCGAAAAUCGGAAAAAAACGGAUUUUCGGGCAAUUUUUGGCAAUUUUUUAUCCGAUCCAUGUAAAAACCGGAAGAUAUGUUAAAUAACUUUUAUUUAGCUUUCAGAAACUUCAAACAGAAUGUAAAAAUUCGCUCUAGAACAAAAGUAAUUAUAUUUUAAGCAGAUAGUGGCAUUUUUAACAAUUUUCAAGCUUCUGAUGACGUCACAGAAAAUGUGCUGACGCAAGCAAAUUUUUUUUGGCGCCAUUUUGUUCCUUUUAUGACGUACUAUAAGUGUGCCAAGUUUGAUUCAAUUUGAACAACCCUAUAAAAAGUUAUUGAGGGGGGGGCGGAAUCCGCCCCCCCCCCGGUCAUAGUAUGUUCGAAAAACCCCGGACCGAAUAGGGUUAAAAAUAUCACAGUGCUGAUCAAGGAGGGAUUGCUAGCAUGUCAUUCAAGAUUUAUAUAGCUACUAGUACAGCGAAAAUAAUGUAGCUCAUUAAACAGAUACCUAGCUAGCUAUAAUAUCAAAAACACAAUUCCAAAAGUUCUUAUUUUGUGUUUGCUAGAAACUUUAUUUAACUAACCAGGGCUGGGAUACCUACAUUUUUUAUACCAAAUUGUCAAAAACUGGCUGUAUCUGUCUGGAUGUAGUUUUUGCUAGCUUGGGGUCACACUGGGUCGCUCAUAUAUAUCAUAGCCUUAUUCAUACAGUAAUCAGAUAUAUAGGAUCAAGUGCCCAGAUGCUAAAAAUAGGAUCAUAAAAACUCAUUUCUAAUAUCACUCAACUUCAAGAAAUAUCAAACAGUGCAGUUCGAACACCAACUUAACCUUAAAAAUUGCUACCCCUCAAUUUUGCGUUGGAAUAAUUUUAAUCUGUAGAGUACAAAGUUUCAACCGCUGCGAAAUAUAAAAUAAAAUAAUAUAAUGUGGUUAAAAUAAAAAAAUUUAAUGGAAAAUAACUUUUUAAACAAAUUUAGUGACUUUAACUGUUUUCGUCAAAUAUUUUCGGUUGCCAAUUUAUUCUUGCAUUUUACCAAAAUUAAGAACACAGUAACACAGUGUAACAUGCUAUUAUAUAUAUUUCUUCCUAGCUAGUUAUGUAAUAUUUAUACACAAUCAUUUCAAACGAAAAGUAAAGCCAGUCAUUACAUCAUUAAAGUGUGUAUUUUAUUUUCAAUCCUUUUCAUCUGUGCUCUUUUUUAUAUAACUAAUUAGCUAUACUUUGCAAAUAAAUCCUUUAUUAAAUGCUCUUCCACGUUAAUCCAUUUCAAACUUACAGAUCCAUAUAGACGAAUUUCCGUGUGACGUCACAUAACCAGUUCCCAAGCCUCUGCGCAAAUCGACAGGCAAAAUGGCAGGCAAGAUAGUAAACAAAUAGGGUAAUUGCUUAUUAAACGAUCGUUUUAAAUCGCUUAAAAAGUAAACAAACCUUUCGAUCGAAACUUGCACUACCAUUAUGAACUCCGUUACUAAGAUUUUAAUGAUAUUCUCCAUCGCGGGCUUUUAUUCUCGACCAUUACUUCGGCUUGUCAAGCCUACACACCAGGAGUACGCGAGUAAGCAAGUCCUGCAUUGUGUUCGACUAAAUAGCUGCGUUUAAACUGCGACGUUUUUAUAUCCUUGCCUUGGGUAAUUGAUACAGCCCAAAAUAUGUACGCGAGGUAUAAACACAGACCAAGAGUUGUACAGAGUAUAAUGCAACAAAACGAAAGCGGCCGCCUCGUGGUCUUCACUUCCAAUAUGUCGACCGAAUACUUCUCGAAAUUAGUAAGUGAAGAUAAACAGCAUUAUUCAAAAAAACUCACGCUUGCCAACGGAACACUCCUACGCGACCCUUUUUCACUGAAGGGAGAAGAUUGGAGCGACGAUGUAUCAUUGCUACCCGAUGUUACGCAUAUGGAUUUGUAUGUCUAUCUCAUCCAUACACCCAGUGAAUUUACAAAUGAAUCUUUGAAAGCUUAUAAAUCCUUAGAAGCUUACAACUUUUAUCUUUCUGGGCAUGUUCAAGAUGUUUAUUGCCACCUCUUGAAAGACGUUGAAUUUUGCUACAUUAAAUCCUCCGUACUACCUAGUCAGAGACAAGGACAAAAGCAAAAACUAUAUGAUGUAUGGAUCAUUUUACACACAAGUGGAUGGGUACUUUCAGCAAAUUGUACCUGCGUUGCUGGCCUUGGCUCGGCAUGCAGUCAUGUUGCUGCCCUUUUGUUCAAACUGGUUGCUUGUGCUACAUUGGAGUUAAACAAAAAAGCUUGCACAAGCAAAUUAUGCUCAUGGAAAAAAUCUAGAAAAAGAGCACACCCUGCACCUCUGAAGCACAUAAACUUCAAAAGACCAAAAAAAAGCGAAGUCCUGCCUACUAUAGACGAACCUUUUGAAGGUGAAUUGAAAGGAUUCACAUCAGUGGAUCCCUUGAAAUUCGUAACAGAAGAGGAAAAACAACAGUGGAUUUCACUCAGUCAAAUUGCUCCAGAUGCAGUUGUACUUAAAAAUAUAAGUCUGGAUUUAGGUGAAACAACACACCAUGAUGAUAGCGAAACAGAAACUGCGGAUGAAAAUGAAAAAAACAUUCUUCCUGAACCAUUGACAUACAUAUACGACUCCGCUGCCAUAAAUAAAAAUGAAAUAGAAAUAAAUAACAUUGCUCAAAAAAAUUACAAUCAAUACAAAUCCUCGUGCUUUGAUAUACAGUUUGAAAACUUGAAAAAAUUCACAGAAGCUCAAAGCCUUAGCGACAAAUGGAUGCUACAUCGAGCUGGGCGAAUAACAGCUUCAGUUUCAAAACUUGCCUUCACUUCAGAUUUGAAAAAAACAAAAACGUUAAUUGAGACCAUCAUGCAAUAUAAAGAGCCUGUUGACGUUGUUGCAACAAGAUAUGGGAAAAGAAUGGAGAAUAGAGCUCGUUCAGUAUAUGAACAACAUGUCAAACAACACCAUGUUGAUCUCCAAGUUGUCACAACUGGACUUCAUAUUGAUCCAAACUUUCCAUAUCUUGCAGCAAGCCCUGAUGGAUUAGUGAAGUGCAAAUGUCAUGGUCAGAGUUUAGUUGAGAUCAAAUGCCCAUUUAAAUAUAAAAAAAGUUUGAAGCUAUGGAGAAACGAUAAAAAUUGUCCCAUUGAUAAAGCUGGGAAAUUCAAAAAAAAUCAUGCUUAUUACUUCCAAGUACAACAUCAAAUGUUAGUCACUAAAAUGAAUUAUUGUGACUUCUUUGUUUUUUCACAAGGAAAGCAAGAAAAUGAUACUUUUCUGAUCAGGGUUACAAAAAAUGAACCAUUUUGUCGGAAACUUCGUGAAAAACUGGCCAUUGUAUUAGGUUUUGUUACCAGAGCUUGUCACUCGGAAAAGUGAUCCCAAGUUACUAAAUGAAGAAAAGGUGUAUUGCAUAUGCAGAAGACCAUCCUUCCCACCUAUGAUUGGUUGUGACAAUUUAGGCUCAUGUGACAUAGAAUGGUUCCAUUAUUCUUGUGUGAAGAUAACAAGAGCACCGAAAACUUGGCUAUGUUCUACCUGUCAGAAUAAUAUUAAAAAAAAAUAGUGUGUCACAUUAUAUCAAAGUAAUAUAUGUAAUAUAAUAUAACAAUAUGUUAGUUGUGUGCGAAGUAUCAAAUUCUCUGUAAUAAUAUAUGUUAUAUAAUGCCUUUGUUCAAGUUCACCAAAGCACAUAUAACGAUAAACACAUCGUCCAAUAAAUCUACUUGAGUGAUAGGUAUGGUUGUGUUCAAAAUUUCAAACUUUCUCAAACGUCCAAUAACUCUCUCAAUGUGGAUUCGAACAUUGGCUAUUUUUCGAGAUCGAUCUACAUCCAUUGCUGACAUUUGUUCCUUCCCUCUGGUAAAUUAGGUAUUUUUAAUACCACGCCUCGUGUUGCCAACUCUUGCUCGAUAAGGAAUCCUCGAUCAGCCAAAACAAGAUCUCCAUUUUCGACUAAAUCCAAAAAACCACUUUUUAUUGUUAUUUCCUUAUCAGAGACUCUACCUCCCCAUCCUUCUGAUAGGAAACUAACACU